UCUUUUCUCUUCUAAUCAAGUUCACUCACAAGUUUACUUCCCAUUUGUGAUCUUCUUGCUUCUUUUUUAUUACGCUAUUUGUAAUAAUAUAUUAAAUUUGUAGAAGAUGUCUAGCAGAAGGUCAAGAUCAAGGCAGUCCGGAACAUCAAGGAUCACUGAUGAUCAGAUCAAUGAUCUUGUUUCCAAGUUACAACAACUUCUUCCAGAGCUUCGCAAUAGCCGCUCCGACAAGGUUUCGGCAGCCAAAGUAUUACAAGAGACAUGCAGCUAUAUUAGAAACUUGCACAGAGAGGUUGAUGAUCUUAGCGAAAGACUUUCUGAGCUAUUGGCAACAGCUGACACUGCUCAAGCGGCUAUAAUCCGGAACUUACUUAUGCAAUAGUGUAGUACUACUGCUGAGAAUGAAUAUUAGGAGGAGGUCAUUUAAUUUAGGCAAUAUUAGCCAAUCGUCUAUCUUUCUUCUUCUUCUGUACUACUUCCCCUUUUAGGUCUCUCUCUCUCUCUCUGUCACUAGAUUAUUAUUAAUUAUGAACGUAUUAUUAGUUGCAGUUGAGAGAUUAGAAUAUCCUUUUUGCAAACCUAUGUUUAU